AUGUCGACUAAUCGAAGUACGCUCCACUUUACCGAGGCCAUGAAGCUGGUCUACGGCAGCAUCGACCACCUCUCAGAGGACGAGGCACGGAAGUGGACCGCCCCCGACAAGCCCGGCGCAGGGGGCCACCGAGGCCGGUACCUAUGGACGGAUGCUUUUGGCGUCGUCAAUCUCAUCACCCUCUCCAAAGAGACGUCCUCUCCAGUCUACCUCACCCUCGCCAAGCAGCUCGCCCAAACCGUCCACGACAUCCUCGGCCGCACCCGCGACGGCACCGCCCGGCUGCCACGAGCCACCGACGCCGAGCCCCUCAACGGCGGCCUCCGCAUCGGCAAGACCUCGGACCACGGCGCCGACCGCGACGGCCAGUACCACCACUACCUCACGCUGUGGAUGUUUGCGCUCAACCGCCUCGCCCUCGCGACCGGCGACGAGCAGUACAACCAGCUGGCCGUGCAGCUCGCCAAAGCCAUCCACCCACACUUUGUCAUCCGCCGAGACGGCGACGACGGCGACGACGACGACGACGGCCACGGCGGUGCCCUCCGCAUGGUGUGGAAGAUAUCCACCGACAUGAGCACCGUGCUGGUCCCCUCCGAGGGCCACCUCGACGCGGCGACCGGGUUCGUGGUCUACCGCCUGCUGCAGCGGACGGCCGAGCACAUGCACGGCCCGUCGGGGGUGCUGAGCAGCGAGAUCGACGACUACAAAGGGCUGAUGCAGCGAGGUGGGAAGCUGGACGCCAGCCGGGACCCACUGGACCUGGGGAUGGGGUUGUGGAUGUGCCACUUCUUCCGGCAGGAGGAGUGGGCCGUCCGGCUGGGGAGUCAGAGCCUCGAGGUGGCGAGGGCUAUACUGGAUAAGAACAAGGGGCUAAUGUCGCGGGAUGCGUCGAGGAGGUUGGCGUUCCGGGAGUUUGGGACGUGUCUUGGGCUGGAGUGUUAUGGCGCCGAUGAGGGGAUGAAGAACGGGGUAGAGGCGGUGGUGAACUUUUGGCAUCAUUACCUCGAGGAGUCGACGGAUGAGGACCUGCGCCCUAUUUCCCUAGUUAUGUAUGCCGCGGCGCUGAUACCCGGAGGUGAAAAUCAUGAGUGUACGGUACCAAUCGGCAAGCGAAGUAUUCCCGCUAUUUUUGCUCGAGGAGGAACUUCUACUGGUCUCGUUCUCUGGAAAAAAGACUUGCCGCCUGAAUCCCAAUUCGGACCCGUUGCCUUUGACGGCGGCCUGUCAGAGCACUGCCAGAUAGAAACCGAUCCACAAACCGGCGAACGCACAGCCAUGGUACGCAUCUUCAACACUAAUACGCGCAAGGUCGUGCACUCCAGGUUCCGCGUUAGCGGGGAGCCCCUUUCGUAUUCCCCAAUGGGAACGUAUGAAAUGGAUGGAGUGCCGGGGAAGCAGUCACAAAUCCACCUCGGUUUCAUCAACCCCGGAGGCGCUGCGACCGGUAAAGUCUUGCCGACAGGCAACCAAAUCGACACUCUUCGCCUGCCGGACGGUGGUACAAUCGAGGCGUCUCUUGUCGAUGUGUCCAACCCAGGCGUGUUUGUCCGCGUCUCAGAUCUAGGCGUCCAGAAUCCCGCGUCGCUGGAUCCUGCCACUGUCGAGGCGGAUGCGGCGCUCAAAGUUCGUCUGGAGCAAAUUCGCCAGGCUGGUGCGUCCAUGAUGGGCCUCAGCCCCAACACGCAGAGCGUUCCCAAGAUUGUGCUCGUGUUUCCUCCCGAAGUUACUCAACAGAGCCGCGGAGUCCACAUCAAGUGUCUUGCUCUGUCGAUGGGGCAGGCGCACAAGUCGGUGCCGCUAACGUUGGGAUUGUGCCUCGGUGCAGCCGCUCGACUUCCGGGGACGAUACCCAACCAGCUCGCUGUCGGAGCUGACGGGAGUGAUACCAUUGUCGUCGGACAUCCGAGUGGCAAGCUGGACGUUGCGGCGAAGGUCAAGAAUGGGGAAGUGCUUUCCGUCGAUCUCUCGAGAACAGCUCGUGUGCUGAUGACCGGCUCGGUGUUCUACUGA